GCCCUGUAAUUAUCGGCAGGGUACAAAUAACAGACUUAACUAAGAGCUGUAUUCAACAAAUGUCAGCACGUUGAGACACAGCAGGUAACACGCACUGCGUUCCUGCGCUUGGGUGCCUUCCCCGUGCAUGGCCUUUUCCUCCACCUGCGUAACCCCCAUGCUUCCCUCCAGGACAAGAAAUGCUUUUUCUUCUCCUAUUCAGGAGUUGCACGGCAGCUUUUAAUGGAUGUUUCGUAAUUCCACCACGCAAACCUCAUUUUAGAUUUAGACACUGAUUCACCAAAUUACAGUAGUCAAAGCACAGGGUAGCCAAUGCUGCGCAGCAUCUGUUCUACUCUGUGCAGUGGGACAGGUCUCAGAACAACCCCAGUGGCCUGAGCUCUCCUACAGCCCUUCCAAGGACUCAGUGACACAGACAAGGAGGUUACUUACAGCAAUAGAGAACUUCUGCACGUUCCAGCUUCUGGAAACACAAUUCUUCUUAGAGCUAAAUGCAGUAAGAAUACCUGCUAGGAUUCUUAUUUGCUUUUCCCUUUUUCUCUUUCAGCCAUUUGUAAUACGACAUCCCAGCAUUCGUUUUACAUCACAGAUCUACAGCGUGGGGAGUAUUAUGUCCUGUGGAUGACAGCGCUGACAGAUGCUGGAGAAAGCCCCUGGGGAAACAGCGAGCUGGUCUGCUUGGAAAGUGCUGUGGACUGGAUUAUUGUGCUCACCUGCAGCUUCUUCAUACUCUCAGCCUGUAUUUGCUCCCUACGUCCUGCAAGAAAACUAUUACUCUUGCUCUUUUCUGCCACUGUACCUCAGUGGUACAACAAAGCCAUUCCAGAUCCAGCUAAUGCCACAUGGGCUAAGAACGACAAGUCUACGAAGCAGGGUGAGCUGAGCGUGCCUUCCAGCCUGCUCUUGCACAACAGCAGCGGUUUUGAAGAGCCUGAAACCACAGAAGUAGAGGAAAGCUUUGUGCAGACAGACUGCCAGGUUUUCCAGGACAGGCUCAUCUUCAGCAGCAGCAGCAAUCAUGACUGGCAACUGAAAAGCAGCUUUGAGAAGCAGGAGUCGGAGUACAGGCCUCUACCCAGCACCACAGAUGGAGACAGUUACAAGCACCAGCUUCCCGACUUGUACAAGAAGGUGGUGCUGGAAGUGACAGAGCAAGCACAAACCGUUUCUGAGUACAUUGCUAAUCCAGUUACUGACAGAGCCUACCUGCCCUCAGCCAUCUCACCACUUGUCACAGACACUACUGAAGAAGACCCUGAACUUGAGUACAACCCCAUCUCUAUCUUCCCCAUUUCUUUGCCACCGGAAUUUUCCUACGGAGGGAAACUUAACCUGGACACGGUGAGACUGAACUGCAGCUCUUUCUCAAGGUAGGCUGUCAGGGUGGCACAACGGCCUGGCCUGGAUGUUUGCACUUUAGCCAAGUAUUGCAAUGUGUUUCAUUGCAGCUAGGACAGCGACUUGCACGUCACACCUUCAGGCAACACAACCCAACUCACAAACCUUUCCAGGUUCUAAGUCACGCCUUACUUUACAAUGCAGCAGCUCUUCACCCAGAGCACGCUCAGGUAGAAUUAAAGACAAAAAUCCAAAUUGCUGGGGCUGUCAGCAGGCUUCUUGAGAUUAAUUGCUCAGGCUGCCUGCAGAGAGCCAGAGCUGCCUCAGGUUCCUGCCCCGCUGCCUGAACACGAGGCUGGUUUGAACUACAGCAGACAAGCUAAAAAUCAUCCAAAACAUUGCUUGCCCAGUAACAGCAAAGAUGUAUUUCAGUAAGGUCAGACCUCAGCAGCUGAGCAGGUCAUGGUUGCACUGUGCUCCAGCUGCACACAGCAGGUCAGAAAUGCAACACCUGAGAAUAUUUGCCAACCUUACAUGCUCAGUACCCCAGCAGACAGCAUUCCUCACUACUGCCUUAAUUCAGGCACACCUUUCAGCCCCAGUGACAAUGGUGCUACAGCCCCACGUGGGCACUGAAGGAUCCCUAACUUGAUUGAGCUUUUCAGCCCCGCUGCAAAACCAGUCAGAGCAAGCCUACCUUCAGGGCUUAGCACAGAAGAGAUCCUCACCAGAAAUAAAGCAGCAGGCACCACGUGUACACAGUAAGUCAGAUGGGCUGCUGAGA